AUGGGCCGGAGAUUGGUACCCUACAUAUUGCUCGGGCAGUGCUUUCAUCAUGAGCACAGACGUGGCAAUGAUCUUACACGAAGACUUCUACCGUUGAAGGCGGGCAACAUAGCCCACAGACAGUUUGGCUCGGCUUACGUUCUUAACGGCGAUCUCCUAGAAGAAUAUUUCACCGGUGUGGUGAGUUACAUCUUCUCGCACCUCAAAGAGUUGGACAGAAUAUUGAAAGUCUGGAAGAAAAUGAGCCAACUAGCAAAGCGUGAGACUGUAGCCGAAAUCAAAAAAGUACUUCCGGGGCAACUUCCGGUAUAG